AUGACAAAAAACGAUCAAAAUUCAAAUAAUACUUUGGAUAAAUCCGCAUCAUCUCCUUCAUCACCAUUAUCAAACUCAAUGGCUCCCGUACCGGCUAAAAGAAUUUUUCUUGGCUCAUUCUCGAUACGUAGUGUAUUGGGUGAAGAUGAAGUAACCACCGAAAAAAGGUCCCAUUUAUAUCAUAAAUCAAUUGAGCUAUCGCCAAAUUACACAGCUGAUGAAAUGAAACGAAAAAUUACCUCCUCAACCGAUUUUUUAUCACUAUCAAAUCAUAAUUUUAAUUUAUCUCGUGAAACAACUUACACAUUAGAUCAACAACGAUUAUCUUUAUCAAAAUCUCUUAAAAGAUCUAUUGACGAUCGAGAAGACGAUGACGAUGAUCAUAAUCAUUUGUUUAAAAAACAAUCAAAAGAAAAACUUUUACCAAUAUCGAUAAAAUCAAAUAAUAACAACAGUGAUGAUUUAUUAUUAUUACAAAAUGGAACAAAUGAUCAAGAAUUAGUAUUGAAAGAAAAUUAUAUUCAUAAAUUUAGUGAUGGAGAAGAUGAAGAAAAUGAUGAAAUUGAUCCUGGAUCCGAUGCUGGUACCUAUUGUUCAGAUGAUAAUAAUAGUAGCAGUAAUAAGAGACAAUUUUGUACUGAAUCAUUAUCAGAACAUUCCUCCUACAGUGAAGAAGAAGACAAUCACAUUGUAGAAGAAAAUACGACAAAAGAUAAAACAAAAUCAAAUUUUCAUGACAACAAAACAACAACAAAUAAUAGUAAAAAAAGUCAAAAUUCAUCUUCACCUUCCUCCGAAUCUUCAGCACCAUCCGGUUCUGGUACAGUGACAUCAACACAAACAGCAUCUCAACCAAAAAAUAAAUAUGGAACAAAACCAAGUUAUUCAUACAAUGCAUUGAUAAUGAUGGCUAUUAGAGCAUCACCACAAAAACGUUUAACAUUAAAUGGAAUCUAUGAAUUUAUUAUGAAAAAUUUUCCAUAUUAUCGUGAAAAUAAACAAGGAUGGCAAAAUAGUAUUCGUCAUAAUCUUAGUUUAAACAAAUGUUUUGUCAAAGUACCACGUCAUUACGAUGAUCCAGGUAAAGGCAAUUAUUGGAUGUUAGACCCUUCGGCUGAUGAUGUUUUUAUUGGUGCAACAACUGGAAAAUUACGUCGACGUUCAUCUACAUCCAGAAAUCGUUUAGCUGCUUUCAAACGAACUCUACCAUCAACAUUGACACCAUUUGAUAAAGCUUAUUUAACAGCAUGUACAUGGCCCUAUUCAGCACACGCUGCUGUUUAUGCGUCAGCUGCCUUAUGGUCGUCAAACGAUCAACAACGUCAUCGUAUUGAUCCACAUAUAUUAGCUCAUUAUCCACAUCCAAAUCCGAGUGGUGCAGCAGCCUAUCAUCACGAUAUAUUUCUACGAAAUCAUCCAGCCAAUAAUCAUCAUAAUAAUAACAGUGCCUUAACAUCAUUGAUAUCUAAUAGAUUUAGUACUGAACAUUUACUAUCCUCUACGGGAUCGAUCGGACAAACAGCAGGAAAAACAAGUUAG